CCGGGGGAGGGGCCUCUCCCGCAGCAGCGGCCGCCUCCGCGAUCUCAAACCCGGAAGACGCGCUCCAGCCGCUGGGAGUGUGCGCCGGCCCGGCCCGGCUAUGCAGCCCCUGGAGGCAGGUCUGCUUCCCGCUCCGGCGAGGGAGCCGAGACUGACCCUUUGGCUGCGGACAGGCAGUGGAAUCUUGGCGCACCUGGUGGCUUUGGGUUUCACCAUCUUCCUGACUGUGUUGUCCCGGCCGGGAACCAGUCUUUUCUCCUGGCACCCUGUAUUCAUGGCCUUGGCGGCCUCCACGCUGGGCCUGAGGCUCACUGGCCCUCUCCUGUGUUCACAGUUCUGCCUCUGCAUGGCUGAGGCCAUCCUACUCUUCUCGCCUGAACACUCCCUGUUCUUCUUCUGCUCCCGCAAGGCCCGGAUCCGGCUCCACUGGGCAGGGCAGACCCUGGCCAUCCUCUGUGCAGCCCUGGGCCUGGGCUUCAUCAUCUUCAGCAGGACCCGCAGUGAGCUGCCCCACCUGGUGUCCUGGCACAGCUGGGUAGGGGCUCUGACACUGCUGGCCACUAGUGGUCAGGCACUGUGUGGGUUCUGCCUCCUCUGUCCUCGAGCAGCCAGGGUCUCAAGAGUGGCUCGCCUCAAGCUCUACCAUCUGACAUGUGGACUGGUAGUCUAUCUGCUGGCUACAGUAACGGUGCUCCUGGGCAUGUACUCAGUGUGGUUCCAGGCCCAGAUCAAAGGCACAGCCUGGUACCUGUGCCUGGCCCUGCCCCUCUAUCCGGCCCUGGUGAUCAUGCACCAGAUCUCCAGCUCCUACUUGCCAAAGAAGAAAAUGGAAAUGUGAGUUCCUCUGAACUCUGAAUGUAGGUGGGACACUUGUCUUGGACCUAAAUGUUCCCUUUUAUGACCUUUAGGGGAUUCAUUUCAGAAGUAGUAGGGGUUUUAUACUUCUUAACUGGGCCAGCAGCUGCAGAAACCCAAAGUGCUAUUUCUGAUGAUGACUCAGUGGGUCAAAGUGGGGAAGUAUACUGGGUGCCAGUGGAAGGUGGUGGGCAGGGCCGGGGGAGGCUUGAUCCUGAAGCCUCCAUUCGUGAUUGGAGACAGAAGUUUUGGGUGGUGGUGGUGAGGGUGUUCACAGUCAUUUCUUGCCUGUGUGUCUGAUAGAGAAUUGGGUUCCAGUAACUUAUGAAUGACAACACUGGUUUUGGCGGGGGUGGGGGUCUUCGAGAAAGCAGUUUGGAGGGAGACCAUGAGUUAUGGUUCUUGUAGAGUCUGUUGGGCAACCUUAGGCAAGUCACACAUCUCGGGACCAGUUUCUGCAUCUGUGUCAUGGGUGAGUGUUUCUAAACAGUCUCCAACAUUCAGUGUCUGUCAGGUUGAUGCCACAGAAACACACUCCCCUCUCUGGAUGGCUAAGCAGACUCAGGAUGUCAUUCCUAAAUUCAUUAUCCCGUUAUCCCUUUGGAGGGACAGGUCUGCCCCCGUGGCCUUCCAGGAAUCUGCUGAUUGGGCUCCUGGACUAGGGCACAGGGGGUCAGGCACUGUGGAGAGAAGAGUCCUGGACGAGGCUCUCUUGAACUCCCAAGACAGUUAAAAGCACUGAAGUCACUUUAAAGCUUUUGUAGGAGCAGAAGGGCAUUGGCUUCAGCAAGCCUCUGGCUCCUGGCUGGGCUUCUUAGCUCAGUUAAGAACACCCUUCAGCCCACCUCAGAAUCUGGGCUUGAGGGCUGCAGGACAUGGGUGAGUGCCUUUCCCUGCCAGGUGUUCUGAGUGGCACAGUUGUCCUGAACCUCUCAUAGCCCUUCCUAGGGCUCAGGUUCAUGCCCUAGCACAUAUCUUUGUGGAGGUAUUCCAGAGUUUUUAGAACAAAAUAAGAGUUAAGGAAGUGGGGUAGGGCUAUUCUGAUCUAGGAAAAACAAAGUCUCCCCGGUUCCCCUUCUCAACUAAGCUCUUCUCAGUUGCUGUCUCUUGCCAGCUCUUUGGCCCAGGAGGGGGCUGAGUGUGGUGCCAGUUGGCAAAAAGGGGCUGGGCCCUCUUCCCUGCAGAAACCCACUCCUUGUUCCAAACUGAAGGUAGUUCCCCAGGCUUUCCUCAGUGGUGAGCUGGGUGCCAGAUUGGCUUAACUGUGGUCUGGCUUGCUUGGGGGUGGACCUCCAUAGAUCAUGGCAAGGACUGUAGACAGCCACGCCAGGAAAGCUGGUGUUGAGGUGGAUAGACAGCUCAGUGAGAGCUGCAGGAGGCCUGGGUGAAGGGACUGGAGCCCCAGUCCCGGGAGCAGGGCAGGAAUUCCUAGAUGGCAGUAAUUUAGAUGCCCUGGCUCUUCCUAAGAUUGAAGACCUCCCUCCCUGAGUGGUUCAGAAGCAAGGAGGUUGGCAUAGUUUAACAGUCUAGGAAUGGGGACUGCAAGGGCAGAAGUCCUCUGAGCGGAUCUCACUGGGUCAGAUGGCGUCUCCCAGAAGCUCUCCAGACUUGGAGCAUCUAAACUGAGGGUCUCUGCACCUUCAGAGGGUGAUUAUUCCUGUCUGCUUGCCUUCUCUCCCCUCUCAGACUACCCAGUGUGGUCUGAACUUGGAAGAGAUGGUGCCCGGCAUGGCAUGAAGGACAUUGUUAUUGAGGGUUACUGCUCGGGGACUCGUUCUCCUCUCCCCCAUCACAGCCAGUGCUGGGAGUCUCACUCUGUCUACAGCAGGGUGACAGAGUGGGGUGAGGUUCACCAGCUUCCGCGAGCCAGGCAGCCAGCGCCAUAAAGCCUGAGCCUGCCUGAGGUGUCGCCUGCUCCCAGGUGGUGCGGGGGCUGCUGGGCAGGCGGGCGGGCGGGCUGACAGCCGGUAGUUUGCGUGGGCUGUGCCAGCUGAUGUCUAUUCCCAGCCCUCAGAGGAAGGGGGAAGUAAUUUAUAUUCCGCAGGAGGAAGGGGCCCCAGCUGUCACCUCUCUGACCAGGAGGCCUGGAGGGCAGGGGCACAGGGCGGAGAGGAGGGCACAGGUGGUCUUCUGCAGAGCCUGUCUGACUGCAGUAUGGGGAGUAGGUCACCAGGAGGAGCCCUUCUUCCUGGUCCGCCAGAUUGUCAGGGGGACUUCCCUCCCCCUUCUGCAUCUCUCCCUCCAUCGCCACCUGCCCUCACAUCCUGGGGCAGCAGCUGGACAACCAUUAGACCUCAGUGCCAGGGCACUCUUCCUCCAGCUGGGAGCUGGGUGGCUGCCGGCUGCACACGCCUCCUCGUGUGCGUUUCCUCCUCCCAUAGCCCUCCUCCCUCUGUUCUCCCCACCUCUCUGUAUCUCCCCAUCUGGGAUGUUAGCUGGGCACCUCCACCAUGAGGCAGAGGCCUUGGGGGGAGGAAGCAAAUGGCUGCCCUUUUGCCCUUGUUCCCUGGCUAGGGAAAGCUGCUAGUAGUCAGCCUGUUUUGCCUUUAAAAACAAACAAACAAACAAAAAAAACAACCAACCAGGGUGCUCAAAUUAAAAAAAAAAAAAAUUGCAUGUCAUUUGCACAGAUUUGCAUAUCAGGCUCACUAAGACUUGAUUCCAAAUAUGAUUAUAUUUCAAACUCAACCUUGAGGACAUUAGAAAUGUAGAUGUUUUUUGUAACCAAAUCCGAAUGGUAACAGGAUUACUGUUCUGGGUUCAGACGCCUCCCAUCUCCCCCUACCACCAACCAUGCCUUCCCUGGAGCACACCCUCCCCAACCCCCCACCUGCCUGGGGGAGUUUGUGUUGGAUGAUGGCUGGGCGCUGUGUCUGGGGAAGUCUUCCAGCCUCCCCUCGGCUGUUGAGCUGCAUCAAAGGUGGGCUGCUGUCCCUUGCUGGCCUGUUCCUUCUCUCCCUACAGCCCCCCAGGGCACACUGCCCCUCCCGGUUCCUGACACCAGCCUGCCCCUUCUUUCUCAUUGUCCCCACCCUUCCACCCCCAUGCAUGGCUGCUCUGGGUCUUGUUUUUCAAACCUCGCUGUGGGAGAUCUAGGCAUCCUCCCCGAGCCAGCUGGUUGCUGUGCCAAGGCCUGCUCAGAGUUAAUAAUAAUCAUUAGCUGCACAGUGCUGGGGCCUUUCAGCUCCAGAGCUUCAGGCAUUUGCAGGCUGAGUCAGCCAGCCCUCACCUUACCCCUCCUCCUGGGCGGCUGGAGUGUAAUGGAAUGGGGAGAGCAGGGGGGCAGUUAGAGGGUCACUUCCUAGCCCUGGCUUGAGGCUUCUUUCCUCUGGGAGUGGGCCCCGAGCACCCCCUGAGUAAAUUACUAAGGCCUUCUCACCUGACAAAGGCAGGUUUGGGGAUCACAGUGUAGUCUCUGCUGAGAAUGGCAGUGCUGGCCCUGAUGCCCUAGUCUCAGCAUUACUGGGGGCUUAGGGAACAGGGAGGCUUUUGGGUUAGGGCUCUGUUGCUCCCGUAUCUGGUUGACAUAAGAGCCUGUGGAUCAGGCAGUGAAAAGCACAGCACUGACCUGGGAGCCAGGACUGGGUUUGCUGGGCUCCUAACAGCAGUGUGGCCACAGGUGAGCGGCUCACUGCUCCCCCUACCUCACAGGGGUGUUGUGAGGGUCAGCAGAGAAUGCAUGUUAACAGGCACUGGAAAGUCUAAAGCAUUAAACAAAUGGAAACAGAUAUGUUUCUAAGUA